AUGAGAAAUCUCGUUGUGCUCGGUGGCUCUUCUCAUCCUGAAUUCACUGAAAAAAUCUGCAAUCGCCUGGGCAUUUCAGAGGGCAAAACUCGCCUCACCAAAUUCUCCAAUAAUGAAACCAGCGUUGAAAUGAAGGAAUCUGUGCGUGAACAAGAUGUCUACAUUAUCCAGAGUGCUUGUGGUAAUGUCAAUGACAACUUUAUCGAACUGCUGAUCAUGAUCAAUGGCUGUAAAAUUGCUUCUGCCAAGCGUAUCACUGCUGUCAUUCCCUAUUUCCCUUAUUCUCGCCAGCCAGACGUCCCUUUCAAGCAGUCGGGUGCUCCAUUGACAUUUUUACCUCCUCAGACACCACCCUAUCAGCCCAACCAGCCCAACAAAGUAGACGAUGUGUCCAGUCAAUUAUUGCGCAAACUGGGUCAAGCGUCUGUUGAAGAGCAAAAGAAAGAGAGUGCUCCUUACAGAGAGUGGCGUGCCCGUCCAGGUGUGUUGAUUGCUGAUCUGUUGACUUGUGCUGGUGCUGACCACAUUAUUACCAUGGAUCUUCAUGAUGCUCAAUAUCCUGGAUUCUUUGAUUGUCCUGUUGACAAUCUUACUAGUUUGUACACUGCCAUCAAUUACAUCCGUCUCAACAUUCCAGAUUAUUCUGAGGCUGUCAUUGUAUCGCCCGAUGCUGGUGGAGCCAAGAGAGCUACUUCCAUCGCUGAGAAAUUGUGUAUGGAUUUUGCGCUUGUUCACAAGGAGCGUCAUAAGGUGCAUUCACAAAAGAAAGAGUCCAUGCUUGUGGGCGAUGUGCGUGGACGCAAUUGUAUCUUGAUUGACGACAUUACAGACACCUCUUACACAAUCACAAAGGCAGCUCGUUUAUUGAGAGAAAAGGGUGCUUGCAAGAUUUAUGCUCUCGUGAGCCAUGCCAUCCUCUCGGCCGAUGCUGUCAAUCACAUUGACCAAAGUGCUAUUGAUGAGCUGAUUGUCAGCAACUCUGUGCCUCAAACCCAACACAUGACUCACCCAAAGAUCAAGGUCUUUGAUGUUACCUCGCUGUUUUCAGAAGCCAUUAGACGCACCCAUUUCGGCGAAUCACUCUCAAAAUUGUUUGAAGAAGCUUAA